AUGAUUAAUUCAAGAUAUUCAACUGAUACUUGUCAAAUUGACCGCCAUCUUAAUCAUACAAAUCAAAAUCAAGUUCAACAUUUAACAUGGCAUUAUGAAAUGUUACAAAAUAAUGAUGAACAAGAGAAAUGUAAAUUAGAACAAAUUUCUAUUAUUCCCAAACGAGAUGCUGAUCAAAAAUCAUUCCGUCUUUGUGUACCACAAUCUCGUGUUCUUUCUGAAUUAACAUGGAUUGAAGAAGAUAGAGAAAAAGAAUUGUUACCAGGUAUGUCACGUGGUCUUUAUCCACAUGCACGUACUUUUGCACAAUCUAAUGAAAAUCAACCAAAAGUUAAUCAAGAUACAGAACCAGGUUCAGAUUUUGUUGGUACUAUUGUACGUGCAUGUCCUACAACCAAUUGUCAAGUUGGUGAUCAUGUUGUCGGUGUUACUGGUGAUGGUACAUAUCAUUCUCAUAUUAUGAUUAAUUCACAACUUAUUAUACUUAUAUAUUCUCUUAAAUAUCGUGUUCAUUUACAAGCUGGUCAAACUGUUCUUAUUCAUGCUGCAACAGGUGCUGCAGGCCAAUGGUGUAUUCGAUAUUGUCAAUAUAUUGGUGCUCGUGUUAUUGCUACAGCUGGCACUGAAGAAAAACGACGUUUUCUUCGUGAAGAUUAUGGUAUUGAACAUGUAUUUAAUAGUCGAGAUGCUUCUUUUGUUAAUGAUAUACGUCGAAUUCUUCCCUAA